AUGAAUUACCAAGUGCCACAUAUUAACUUUUAUAUAUAUUUUUCUUAUUUUAUGAUUUUUUUGUUUUUCUAUUUAAUUUAUGUUUUUACUUUUUUGUCGGAUACAGUAUAA